AUGAUAGCCGUUCAUGGUGGAGUAGGAUUUCGUUGUGAACGCCUUCUCAGCACCGCCUGUGCAGAUGCUCUUCGUGAUGGGAAAGAGGACGUGAUAUCAACUGUAUCGGCUCUAGAAGACAAUCCCUUGUUCAAUUGCGGCUACGGAUCAAAUCCAACCAUAACUGGUACUGUUGAAUGUGAGGCUGGCUUCAUGUCAUCUGAUCAUCUUCGAUUUGGCGCUGUUGGGGCUGUGUCACGUUUGCAAAACCCGUGCCAGGUUGCCAAAGCCAUUGCCUUUGCCGACAAUCACAAAGGACUUGUGUCGCCGAUGGUUUUAGUGGGGUCUGGAGCAGAAGAAUGGGCAGAAGAAAAGGGGUUUAUGCUGAGAGACGCCGAGACAAUGGUUGCUCCUCAAGCAGUUCAAGCCUGGAGGAAGGCGCGCAGUGCUAUCGAUCAAAUCGGACAUCUAGAUGGACUGAAGAUGGAUACAGUUGGAGCCGUUUCGAUCGAAGAAGACGUUGUUGAGGCCUGUACAUCUAGCGGUGGCAUUAUGCUGAAAUCGCCCGGACGUUUGGGUCACUGCGCCAUAUACGGAAGUGGAAUGUGGGCGGAGCGACGUGGGAAUAAAAGUAUUGGAGUGACCGUAAGCGGUUGCGGAGAAGCAGUAUCAAGAGCGAAUUUCUCCAGAUCGCUCGCCGACCGGUUGUUAAAUAAGAAUCCCGACGAACUGACAUCUUCAGUGGUACAUUCUUUCUUUGAAAAUGAGUUUCUCCGCACAAAUUUAAUGUCACCCUUGACACCUAGUCGUUUAUAUGCUGGUGGAUUGGUUUUGCUUCAAGAAGACGACGGGCUUAAUGAAUUGAUAGUAUUUCAUAACACUCCUGUUCUUCCUUUUGCUUAUCGACAAGGAUCAGUUAUACGGAAAAGUCUGUCAAAACUGCCUACUGGCUCCAAUAUUUUAGUCGAAUCUUAUCCUUUAAGAUAG